CUGGCUCGCCGCAUGUGACAGUGGCAACACGUGUUUCAGGUGUUUUCGGUGUUUUCAGUGAAAAAUCAAAGCUUUAGCGUUCAUUUUAAGCAAAUAACUUAAUUCUAAGCUUAGUUAUUUUUAAUAAGUAAAUACAGGUGACGGUCUUAUCGGGUAAACCGUACUCACACAAAUAAUUUCGCUUAUUGUUAAAAACUUAAAUAUUUUCUUUUUUUUUUCUCUUAAAACCCUGUAACUUUGUCAAAGCUGUUUACGUGACAUUGGCGAAAUCAUGGUUCUCAAAACCAAGCCGUCGCCAAAAUAAAAGAAGAAGAAGAAGAAGAAGAAGGUUAUGUUUUGUUUACGCAAGUUGAUAUAAAAUCUGAUUUCGUGUAUGAAAUUUUAAUCAGAAUCGUGUUAUUUGUGGGCAAAAUUAUUACUGCACAUACCCAGACUAGCUAACAGUGUAGAACAGAUUGUUAAUUCUAUAAAAAUUGCGAAUGAACGCUCUGGAUAAUUCCGUAAACAAACGAAGAUAUAAUGGACGAAAAGCUAUUGAAAAUGAACGCUACAGAAUACAAGAAGUACCACGAGUCGUUUAUGACGAAUAACCACGGAUCGACGGCGACCCACACGUUCCUGUACAUAUUCUUCACCGUGCAGUGCUCGCUCUUUUGUUCGUUAUCAACGAAGCGUCCCCAACCUCUACAAUACAUACUUGAAUACUUUCUUAUCGUACUACCUCUCAUAACUUCUUGUACUAUACUAUCUGAAUACAUAUAUUUACUAAAUUGUAUUGUAUCUACAAUGCUACUUACCAAAAUUAUGUUAAACUAUCCCAAACUACAGAUACACAAGACUUUUAACACAAAAAACUACUUUAAAACUAGCAAAUUACAUUCCAUAUCUUUGAUGAGAGGGUUAACGUAUUUGAUGACAGUAUUCUGUAUUCUAGCUGUGGAUUUUCAAAGCUUUCCUAGGUACUUGGCUAAGACUGAAAAGUAUGGAUUUAGUCUCAUGGACUCAGGGGUGGGUCUGUUUGUGCUAAUGAGUGGACUGGUUCAUAAAGACUUGCGCAACCAGAGCUUGAACUCAAUACUCAAAGGCAACAUCAAGUUUCUAUCCAUACUAAUUUGUCUCGGAGUGGCCAGAUUUAUUUCUGUAAAGCAGUUGGACUACCAAGAACAUGUUACUGAAUAUGGAGUACAUUGGAAUUUCUUUUUCACUGUAGCAAUCUGCAAACUUAUAUCAACUGUACUUUUAUACUACUGUAAUAAUUCAAUUCUAUGUGGGUUUGUGAUUUUGGGCCUUCAUGAAAGUAUGUUACAUUUGGGAUUAAAGCAAUGGGUGUUUGGAAAUACUCCUCGCACCAAUAUAAUAAAUGCUAAUAGAGAAGGUAUAUCAUCCAGUCUUGGAUAUGUAUCUUUGUAUUUAUUUGCAGCAUAUUUAAAGUCUGAAAUAAAAAAGGAUACAGUCAAGAAAUAUGAAGUUCAGCUGAAACUUAUGUUCUUGAGCAUUAUUAUGAGUCUCUUAGCAGUCACAGCACAUUUCUACAGCCCAGCAUCAAGAACUUUAGCUAAUGCUGGCUACUGUUUUUAUCUACAAACUGUUCUAGUAGUUAUUAUGAUGAUAAUGUACUUCCUUGAAGUGCAGUUCCAAAAUAAAGACCUACAGUUUCAUGUUCCUCUAAUCAUAUCUGCUAUAAAUAGCAAUGGGCUAGUAUAUUUCUUAGUAGCAAAUCUCCUUACAGGUGCUAUCAAUUUGUUAAUGAGAACAUUAUUUAUUUCAGCCUUUAAGUCAUUUAUAUUACAAAAUAUUUACAUGAUAUUGACAAUAUUUUUAGCUGCAUAUCUGAAGGAAAAGGGAAUAUCUGUGUAA